GUCAGACUGGGGAAGAGCGCUGAGGAAGAGGUGCGCUGAGGAAGAGGUGCGCUGAGGAAGAGGAGCUGAAACCCUGACAGAAGAAGAAGAAGAGAAGGAGGAUCUAAAGAGUUCCACCUGGCAGCACACAGCGUUCAGAAGACAAGUUCUAAAAGUUGACCUCCUGUUAAAGAAAUGUUUGCGACUCACCAGGAUCAGCAGCCAUGAGGGCAUCCAUCAGAGGACCCAUAGGAAGCCUGCUUCACGUCCUGCUCGGUGUGUUCCUGUUCCAUCCUGAAGGGGGCGUGGCUCUGGAGCUGUUGCCUUCUUCCUCCGAAGUUCUGCUACAUUCAGAGUCUAACUUCACCGUGGUGUGUUCAGGGUGGAGUUCAGUGAAGUGGCGCUUACCUCAGGCCUCUGAUGGGGGUCAUGGGGUUCUAGUGGAGGAUGCAGGCACCAGCAGCACCCUGAGGUUCAUUAACGCCACCUGGAGGAACUCUGGCAGAUAUACGUGUGAGGAACCGUCAGCUGAUCAGAGCAGAGCUGUGGACGUCUUCAUAUCUGGUCAAGGCCCAGAACAAUGGUUUGUUCCCCAGAGUUCCCCCCAUGUUUACAAGUACGCCGAUGAGGGUACUGUCCCCUGCGUGGUGUCCAACCCAAAGCUCAACGUCUCUCUGUACGAACGACCUGACAAAACCAAAGUCGACGGGGUGAAAUACGAGCCGGCUCUAGGCUUCACGGGUCCUUUGAAUGAUGCAGGACAUGUGUGUGUGGCCAGGAACGGAGACGAGGAGAAAGAGUCCCAGGUGUUCUAUGUCUUCACUGUUUUUGAUUCUAAGAAGAUGGAGGUGGAGCUCUCUGUGUCCAGCCAGGUCCUAAAGCAGGGAGAGGAUCUGACGGUAAACUGCACAGUCAGAGACGUAGAUAUGGUGUUCUUCUCCUGGAACUUCCCUCGCAGAUCGGAAAUAGAGCCUCUCACAGACUUCCUGCCCAAUGAAAUUCGCUCAUUCGUUAACAUCUCCAUGGCAACAGUGUCAGACUCAGGUGUGUAUGUUUGUAAGGCUCAGGACUCACAACUGAGAUGGACUGUGAGAAAAAACAUCUCCAUAACUGUUCUUGACCGAGGCUAUGUACACCUGCGCCCCUCAGGGAACACCAACAUCUCCUCUCCUGUCCACUACACCGUUGAACUAAAGGUUCUGGUUGAUGGCCAUCCUGCCCCAAACCUCACCUGGUCCAGACUUAACCACACUAUCAGCCCAGCAACCAUUAACUCCACUCACUUGAAGGGCCACAGAUAUGUGAGCACCCUGACCCUGCAUCAGGUGCAGUUGGACCACACAGGAACCUACAAGGUGACGGCAGUCAACGAGGAUGACACCAAGGAGGUCACAUUCUACUUAGAGGUCACAGCCCCCCCAAGGAUCGUGUCUCUGGUAGAAGUGGACAAGAGCGCCAUCCUAUGUGUCAGUGAAGGAGUCCCCCGCCCAUCCGUUACCUGGUACACCUGUCCAGCCUCCAUCAGGUGCAGUAAUCUGAGUGAUGGCUGGAUGAGCCAAUCAGGGGAACAAAACACCACCACAGUGACAGAAGGAGGUGUUGCCAGGGUACGAAGUGUUCUGACCCUGAAAACUCUGAGCUCAGUGUCGGCUGUUCGCUGUGAAGCGACCAACACCGCAGGAGGGCGGGUCCGCGACCUGCGGGUCCUCAGAGCCUCUCUCCUUUCCCAACUCAUUGUUCUGGUUGCAGUUCUGGUUCUGGUGAUUUUGGGUGUCAUCUUCUUCAUCAUCCUCAUUGCUCUCUGGAGAAAUAAACCUCACUAUGAACCUCGCUGGAAGCUCAUCGAGUCCCCAAGUUCUGAAGGACACCAGUGGACCUACGUGGACCCUGAAGACUUGCCUUUAAGCUCAACCUGGGAAAUACCCAGGGACCAUGUGGUACUAGGUCAGGUCCUGGGCUCGGGUCCAUUUGGACGUAUUGUUGAGGCAACAGUUUCUGGUCUGACUGACUCUGACACACGAACAAAAGCUGUAGUGAAGAUGAUGAAAUACAAAAGGGAUGGAGUUCAGUCCCUGAUGUCCGAAUUAAAGGUUUUGGGUUAUGUUGGUCCUCAUCUGAACAUUGUCAACCUGCUGGGAGCCUGCACCUCACAAGGUCCGGUUUACCUCAUCACUGAGUUCUGUCCUCACGGAGACCUGCUAGGCUACCUGCAUCGGAACAAAGCCACAUUUGGUCAGAUGGAUGCGCCCAGAAGGAGUAACAGUGAUGGAGGCUACAUGGACAUGAACAAAGACGAGAGGGGGCGUUAUGUCCCUCUGAAAGAGCUCAGAGAUGCUGUGCAUGAACCAGCCCCCCCAGGAGUCUACCAGGAGGUGACAACGCUCCUACUCAGUGAUUCCCCCACUCUUACUCUGCAAGACCUGCUCAGCUUCUCCUUCCAGGUCGCUCAGGCCAUGGACUUCCUGUCCUCCAGGAAGUGUGUCAACAGAGACCUGGCUGCCAGAAAUGUCCUGGUCUGUAAUGGGAAGCUGGUGAAGGUCUGUGACUUUGGGCUGGCCAGAGACCUUCAGAAGGAUCAAGACUACAUCAUCAGGGGGAAUAGCUUCCUGGCACUGAAGUGGAUGUCUCCAGAGACCAUCUUCCAGAACAUCUACAGCUCUGAGAGCGAUGUCUGGUCCUAUGGAGUCUUACUGUGGGAGAUCUUCUCUCUGGGUCAUAGUCCAUACCCUGAACUCCGAACAACCCGACAGUUUGGUUCUGCUCUGAAGAGAGGACACAGAAUGGACCGACCAGAACAUGCGCCGUCUGACCUAUAUGAAGUAAUGAAGCAGUGCUGGGAUGAAGAUCCUCUGUCCAGACCUUCUUUCUCCUCAUUGGUCUCUACUGUUGGUGCCAUGUUGAGUGCUGACUACAGACAGCGUUACCUCCAGCUUACGGAGGACUUCCUGAAAGGAAAGAAUCCAGCUGUAGUUCAGUCCAGUUUAUCCAGACAAGCUGCAGAGGAAACAGAUGGACAGAGGAACAACCAAAAAGGAGAUCCUGCCUCAGAAGCCAAGGUUCACCAGUUGGGAGCAGAGCCAGACGGGCCUGGCCCCUCCCACAGCACUUUUAUCAUCCCUGUCUCUGAUGUCACAGUAGAAACCAUCGCUGCGCUGGACGCAGUGAGUCCUCAGCUGUCAGAACCUGCCGCCAUCUCGGAGUCAAAGGAAGUGACACCACCGCCAGACGCCACAGAGCCACCUACUUCAUCCAGCUCCCCUGAUGAAGAGGAAGAGAGCUGCCUGUGAAGAUGUCACCAGCAGAGGGUGCCCUGAGCACUGACUGUAGGGCUGUGGAGGAGCGCCCACAUUUUAUACAUAAAUCUUAUUUUACAGCCCAGAGAUGAAGCUCUGUAUGUCUGCUCUCUGUGUGCUGAUCUAUUUAAUGGGUCCUGGUUCUGAUUUAUCACCAGCAAUAUCCAUCAUUUAGCUUUGCAUCAGUUUGUAUCAUUUUCUGACUCAGGUCAGAACCAAAUGCUAAAAUAAAAUAUGUUCAACAGCUUCUCAG